AUCCGCAUCAGCAGCAGCAUCAUCAUCCGCGGCUCCCCCCGCAGAGGACACCGGGUGCUGGAAGGACGCAGGCCCGGCGAAGGAAGAGGUCCCGGCCUGGGUGCGGAUCCCGAAGAGGUCCCGGGUCGGGUCCCCCGCUGGAUGGAGUCAGGCUGCGUUCAGACAGCAAUGGCUAUGGGUCUGACAUCGAAGAAGGCGUCUGUUCGGAGUGUCGCGGUGGAGCGAAAGAACCUCAUCACGGUCUGCAGAUUUUCUGUAAAGACUCUUCUAGAAAAGUACACAGCAGAGCCCAUAGAUGAUUCAUCAGAGGAGUUUAUAAACUUUGCUGCCAUUUUAGAGCACAUCCUCAGCCACCGCUUCAAAGGUAACACUGCAGGUUCAGGGAGCUGGUUCAGCUCCGAUGGACAGCGCAGUUUCUGGGAGUACAUUCGGCUGGCAUGCAGCAAGGUGCAGAACAACUGCAUCGCCAGCAUCGAAAACAUCGAGAACAUCAGCACAUCCCGAGCUAAGGGUCGAGCGUGGAUUAGAGUGGCUCUGAUGGAGAAGCGUCUGUCUGAAUAUGUUUCCACUGCUCUGAGGGACACCAGAACAACCAGGAGGUUCUAUGAUGAUGGAGCCAUUAUGUUGAGGGAAGAAGCUACUGUGCUGACCGGCAUGCUGAUUGGACUGAGCGCCAUUGACUUCAGUUUUUGCUUGAAGGGAGAAGCUCUGGAUGGGAAAUCUCCAGUUGUGAUUGACUACACGCCCUACCUGAAGUUCACUCAGAGCUAUGACUACCUGAGUGAUGAGGAUGACCGCCGAAGCGUGGACAGCAGCAACAGCGAGGAGAGCGUCCCUGAGCAUCCCUACAUCCCUCUGGUGACUGACGAGGAGAGCUGGAGCAACAAGUGCCGCAAGAUGGAGCAAAGGUUUAAGAUCGUCUACGCCCAGAAGGGGUAUCUGGAGGAGCUGGUACGUCUGCGGGAGUCACAGCUGAAGAACAUGGAGACGGAGAACAAGCGCCUCAGAGCCAAGGUGGAGGAGCUAACAAUGCAGGGCCAGCAGGAGAAGAAGGAGCUGGAGGCCAUCGUGCUGGAGCUGCAGGCACAACUCUCUGCCCUCGUGCCUUGUGAUUCCUCCCAUUUGGCUAAAGAUCUCUCCAUCCCACUCGUCAACCAAUGGUCCACCAUCACAACCAACCAAGGCGAUGUCAAGCUAUUCCGCGGGAGGAGUUUCGAUAGUCUGGAGCAACUUUCUGCUGAAGUCAGUCUGAACUCUGACUCCCAGAAGACUGACGGGAGACAGAAUGGAGAUGCUGCCUGGCCCUCAGACGGAAAAGACAACACUCCCUCCAUGCUGGGGCUGUGUGGCUCUCUGGCCUCCUUACCAAGCUCCAAGUCUCUGGCGAGCCUGAAGUCCAGCGAGUGUUUGGUUAACAUCAGCACUGAACCCAGCCCUGCGCUCUCUCCCAGCUAGGAGCUCCAGAGCAGCAACUUAAUCGCCUCCUCCAGCCUGUUUACCUGGUGAUGCUGCGUUGACAAAACCCUGCUCCUGCCAUAUUCCCAUCUUGAAAAGGAGCGUUAUGACACCACAUGUGGAUUUUCAUACAUGAAGCAGAAAGAGUUUCCCUUCUUUAUUUUCUGUUCUCUCAGAUCAACACUUGGUACUUUCAAUCAAUCUAUCCAUCUAAAAACCAUGCAAACCUUUUCCGAAGCAUCCAUCUACCUUUUUUCCCAAUUCUUGCCCCGGCUUUGUCUGUGUUUGAAUGCACAUUUGUCCUGUUUUGUUGAAUUUGUAUGUCAAAAGCUUAACCAAAACAGCACAAUGAGGUGCUUGGAUGCAAACACAGAAGUGAGGGUCAUUUUAAUAGAUGCAGAUAACACAGUGAAAGGUUUUGACAUCAGAAUACAUACAGAAGUGUCUUUGAACAGCAUGACUGAUUUAAACUGGGUUAAACUCCUCUGACAGUGCAUAUCAUUCUGGCUUGAAUUCUUUAGCACUACAAACUCCUCCAGUAUGAUUAAACCUGUGCUGCUCUUCAUUUGUUUUGUACAGAUGUAAGCUACUGCAUAUCCACGUGUUUUGACUCAGUACAGCAGUAUUUUCUUCCCACUUGUCUACAGUUUCUGUUAUUAUGUUGCAAUAAACUGCUUUUUUCCUUUA